AUGACUUCUACACGUAGCUCAAUGAUUCUGCUUUGUUUGACUUGUGUCUUCCUGCUUGUGGAUGCUGUAAGUCAAGGUGGCUAUCAGGCUCAGUGCAAAAAAUUCAAGGCACUAACCCCAGGAGAAAAGACUCAAUGUCCCAAUAUUAAAAAGCCAGUGUGUGGCACAGAUGGCCAGACCUAUAAGAACCUCUGUGAAUUCUGCAUGACUGCUAUGGAAAAGAAUGGGCAGCUUGGCUACAAACAUGAUGGAAAAUGCCAAAUCUCCAAGUAA